UCAGGGAAGCCCAUUGUAGCCAGAAGGUGAAACUGAAGACACUGGAUUUGGUUCUAAGAAAAAAUCUGUUCAUGAAACAGAAAUGUUGGAUUGAUGUGACUAUACCUUACAGGACAAGAGGACUCUGACUGUGUUUGAGCUCAUUACUGCCAGGAGAAGACAGUUCAUCACAGUGGUGAAGCUAUAGCAUCUGGAUCAUGUUCUCCUCCGCUACCCCAUACAAAAACCAGCACUACUCUGAACUGAAGAGCAACUGCAUCAACGACAAGACGCUCUUCGAGGAUCCAGAGUUCCCAGCCACCAAUUCAUCGCUGUACUUCAGGAAACCACCUUCUGGUGUUGUGGAGUGGAAACGACCAGGGGAGAUAAGCAAUGAGCCCUAUCUGUUUGUGAAAGGCAUCAGCUCCCAUGACCUGAACCAGGGAGUUGUGGGAAACUGUUGGUUUGUUGCUGCCUGCUCCUGCCUGGCUCUGAAGCCAAACCUCUGGAAGAAGGUAAUUCCUGACCACACCACGCAGGAGUGGGAUCACAAACACCCGGAGAGCUAUGCCGGAAUUUUCCACUUUCAGUUCUGGGUGUUUGGAGAGUGGGUGGAUGUGGUGGUGGACGACCGGCUGCCAACAAUCAACGGUGAACUCAUCUACUGUCACUCAAAGGAAAACAACGAGUUCUGGAGCGCUCUGCUGGAGAAGGCCUACGCAAAGCUGUCUGGCAACUAUGAGUCCUUGGAAGGGGGGAACACCGGAGACGCUGUGGUGGAUUUCAGUGGAGCUGUGGCGGAAGCCUUCGACCUGGAGACAGAAGCUUACUAUAAGGACCAGAAAAAACAAGACCAGCUGUUUGAUGAUCUGCUAAAGGUUUGGGACCGUGAAGGAAUCAUAAGCUGCUCAAUUAAGGCACAGCCUCAUGAGAUUGAAGCCAAGAUGGCAAACGGGCUGGUGAAAGGCCAUGCCUACUCGGUAACUGCAGUGAAGAACGUGCGCUUGGGUCACGGGCUGCUGGCCUACUUCAAGAACGAAACCAUUCCUCUGAUUCGCAUGAGGAACCCCUGGGGCAAGAUUGAGUGGAAAGGAGCCUGGAGUGACAGCUCUGAGGAAUGGUCAAAGGUUGGUGAUAUGGAAAGGGGCAAUCUUGGCAUCACAGUAGAGGACGAUGGGGAGUUCUGGAUGGCAUUCACAGACUGGUGCAAGUUCUUUACAGAUGCAGAUGUUUGCCGUCUCAUCAAUACCUCUCUGAUCAGUAUCCACAAGAAUUGGAAUGAGGUUGUGCACUUUGGGAGCUGGACCAAAAACGCAGAGCCGCUUUUAAACCGCUGCGGUGGCUGUGCUAACCACAAGCCGACAUUCCUUCAGAACCCGCAGUACUUGUUUGAUGUUACAAAGGAGGCAGAUGAGGUUCUCAUCUCUUUGCAACAGAAAGACAUGAAGAGCCACAGAAAAUAUGGUCAAGGAGAAAAUUUAAGCAUUGGCUUCGGUGUCUUCAAGGUGGAACUGAACAGAAAGUACCGGAUGCACGACAUUCUGACCCAACCGUGUGUGAAGACGUCCGCCUACAUCAACGCUCGGACGGUGUUCACGAGAUGCACGCUCCAGCAGGGCCGCUACGUCAUCAUCCCCACCGCCUUCAAACCUUUCACGCUGGGGGAUUACAUGCUCCGAGUUUUCACCGAUGUGGACUCAGGUUGCAGGGAGCUGACAGAGGAUAAACCGAAGAUAACAUGCUGGAGUUCAUUCACUGGAUACCCACAAGUUGUGACUCACAUCUACGUCCACGGAGCUGAGGGGCUGCAGAACCAGGACAGUACAGGAGGUGCAGACCCCUAUGCCAUCAUAUCAUGCGAGGGCCGGUCAGUACGAUCCACCGUCAAGAAGGACACCCUGAAUCCAGAGUUUACAACCAGCGGCAUUUUCUACAGGAAGAAGCCCAGAAAGCCCAUAACUGUGGAGGUGUGGAACAGCAACGGAGUGAAGGACGAGUUUAUGGGCCAAGUGGUUUUGCCCGGAUCGGUGAAGGACACCACCGACCCUCAGAGGCUUCAGCUGAGGAAGCGAGGACGGCAGAUGGCUGACGAGAUGCCCGGAAACAUCAGUGUGAGGGUUCUCACCUCCACCCAGCUGACAGUUAUGUGAUCUCCUCACUGACCUGAGUGGGGCCGGAAACGUUUCCAGUGCUGAAUGAACUAUUUGGUGAACAUCUUGUGAAAACUUACUUUAGCAUGUGCCAUCAUCGAAGCACCGGAAACAGUUUGAUGUCCAUGUUUGUGGCUGAUUUUAAACUAUAAUUUGCACGUUCGUGAAUUGUUUGCAAAGUUGACAGGUGAACAGGGCAGUUUGGGACAGACUGAAUGUCAAUUCAUGUAAUUUUUAUCCAAAUGUUUAAUCUUUUAAAAUCUCUUUUACUUUUUUAUCAUUGUGUAACUGAUAAAGUAUUUUUAUAUUGACGUUUUGUAAGUUGCAUGUGAAGAUAUCAUUCCUUUUUUAUGUUACACUAUAGAUACUGUGAGCGAUAUGGCAGUAAUUUGUCAAUCAAGUCUUAACACACAUUAAUUAUAAUUUGGCCUCUAUGUUCACCUUUAUGCAGGGAAACUCAUACAAGACAUAAUAAUGUAUCAUCUAUGCACCUUCUGCUCCUUUUUCUUCCAUCAGUUUAUAUCAUCGUUUCAUUCUCAUGAUUAUUAUAAAAAUGAAAAACACUGAAUGGCAUAAAGCAUUAAAAGAGAUUCAACCUAAGAAUCACAAUAACAUUAACACAUCUCUGGUUUUCUUCCUCUUUUUAUUUCAGUCCAGUUCCCAAACUGCAAUAUUUUGUUUUUUUACACUCAAGACACAGCCAUGCACAAUUCAAAGUUCAAAAAGUCUAUUGCUUCAACCACAAUUAAAAAUAGUUUAUCCCAAACCUCAAUUCCCCGUCGCUCAUUUGUCCUUUUUCAAAGAUGGGGAAAGGCCUGCUGAGGUAUGCCAGAUGGAUCAGCAGUUUUACAAAGCUAGACAAUAAUAAGAGUAGUAAUAAUAAUAAUAAUGAUAAUAAUUUAAAAAGUAACAUUUUUUGUCUUUGUUCCAUUCUCUUGAUACACAUUAAUAGAGGAAUUUUCACACCACAUGUACAGGUUUACACAUUCAGAAGAAAGGAAUGUACAGGAGCAACCACAGAAAAGGGGGCACGUCAGCAGGUGUCUCUUGUCCCGAAAUUCACCUUUGUGCUCAUAGUUCAGACCUGUACAUGGCGGCCCUGACGUUCCCAUGGUGACGGAUGAAGCUUCCUGUCAGGCCACCCACACCUACCGCACACACACAUACAUGUACUAACACUCAGCAGUGGUACUCAGGACAGACUGUGUGGGCCCGCACACAGAGCGCUGCAUUCAUCGGCUCUCUGUCCAGAUGAAGGAGUGUCCGAUAAAGCCCAGACCAUUAGAGAGCCGGAUCCAGGAGUGCAGAGUCAGCGUGUGUGUGUUCGUUUUUCUCUUC